AUGGCUAAAAAUUUUGAUGAUAUGUUUAAUGAGGCUUUUUAUGGCAAAAGAAGACGGCAAAAUAACACACUCAUAGAUAACUGGAUCGAUGAGUCUUUACUCAAAGAUUCAGAAGAAGAAGAUAUCAAUAGAAGCUCUAUCCCAACUCCUCGUAGACGGAUCAACAGAGAUCGAGAAGCAGGACAUGAUCACCUUUUUCAAGAUUACUUUGCAGAUGAACUGGUGUAUAUUGCUGACAUUUUCCGAUGGAUAUUUCGAAUGAGAAGACAUAUGAUCCUUCAGAUAGUAAACGCUCUCUCAAACGUCUAUCCGUAUUUCCAACAGAGGGUUGAUGCAACUGGAAGAAGAGGCUUGUCACCACUCCAAAAAUGUACCGUUGCGAUACGGAUGUUAGCAUAUGGCGUAGUAGCUGAUGCUGUUGAUGAUUAUGUGCGCAUAGGCGAGAACACUACAAUUGAAUGCUUGAAAAAAUUUGUUACAGGUGUCAUUUUGGUGUUCGAGGAAGAAUACUUGCGAAAAUCAAAUCCAAAUGACGUACGACGCCUGCUACAAAUGGCGGAGGGUCGUGGCUUUCCUGGCAUGUUGGGUAGCAUUGACUGCAUGUAUUGGCAAUGGAAAAAUUGUCUAAAGGCGUGGAAAGGUAUGUACAUGAGUGGUUAUCGUCGGGUUGCAACCAUAGUACUUGAGGUUGUAGCAUCUUCAGACCCUUGGAUAUGGCAUGCGUUCUUUGGGGUUUCUGAUUCAAAUAACGAUAUCAACGCGUUAGAUCGUUCUCCAGUGUUCGAUGAUAUUCUAAAUGACCGUGCUCCGGAGGUAAAUUAUACUAUUGUUCCGAGGGUUACCUGA